AUGCAUCUCUCCAAUUUUUUCUUUGUUGUAUCCCCAUUGGCUUGGUCGCUUGGGGUUCUUGCUGCUCAAGCUCCGGCCGGCGACGUAUCUAUCCUGGCCAAAGAGGCCGCAAGGGUCAAUAACCAGUCGCUGCUAUGGGGUCCUUAUAAAUCGAACCUUUACUUCGGAGUCCGUCCUAGGAUUCCGAACAGUCUAUUUGCUGGAUUGAUGUGGGCGAAGGUGGAUGAUUUUGCUACAGCGCAACAGAGAAUGGCUGGCUAUGGCUGGGAUGAAUACGAUAUCCGGAACGGGGGCCGUCAAACAAUUCAUGAUGCUGGAAAUUCACUGGAUUUGACAAUUGAUUUCAUUAAAGUUCCUGGAGGAGAACACGGAGGCAGCUGGGCUGCCCGAGUCAAGGGCGUACCUCGCGAUGACGCUCCCCCUGACCAACCUACAACCGUCAUUUUCUAUGCUGCUUUAGAGGGACUCGGCAACCUACAAGUCGAUACCAAACUCGAAGAUCCACGUGGAUUUGAAAGCAAUGUGAAAUUGUCUGGCUUAACACCUGGUCUGGGUGAUUUCACCAUCGAUGUGACCGCCGGCCCCGAAAGCAACGAACAUCCGGAACACGAUCACCCAAGCUACGAGGAUAAGCCAUUGGAUCGCACCUGGGUCUCUAGUUCUACUAUCCCGUCGGAGCAUGUCUGGCAAACAAAGGUGGUUCUAUUCUCGCAGAUGAAGGGGGAAGUUAACAAAAUCAUUCAAAAGUACGGAGCGGAGAAUCCUCCGCCACCAUCUCAGGUAUUUACCAUUAAGAACGUGCCAGGUGAAGGGAACCUCCAUCUUGUGCAAAAGGUUUUCAAGGGCGAGUUUGAGUUUGAUAUUUUAUUUACUUCUGGCUCUUCGCCUAAGCCGUUGACAUCCGAGAGCCUGACCGCACAAAUACCAAGCAACUCACUGUCUUUCGCCGAUAGAUUUGAGAAAAUUCUUCCUCCGCAAUCUCCUUUCGACUCUAAGGAGUACUCGGGAUUUUCAAAGUCGAUGCUCUCGAAUCUUGUCGGUGGCAUAGGCUAUUUCUAUGGAACAGAUAUUGUUGAUCGUUCAGCAGCACCAGAAUACGACGAGGAGAACGAAGGCUUUUGGGAAGAGACGGCGGAAGCGAGGGCCCGGGCUCAUACCGUCCUUGAAGGGCCAAAAGAACUCUUUACCUGUGUUCCCUCCCGCCCUUUUUUUCCGAGGGGUUUCCUGUGGGAUGAGGGUUUCCACUUGAUUCCUGUCCUUGAAUGGGAUACUGAUCUAGCGCUCGAGAUUGUCAAGAGCUGGCUCAAUCUCAUGGAUGAAGAUGGCUGGAUUGCUCGAGAACAAAUUCUGGGCUCCGAGGCCCGCAGCAAAGUUCCGCCAGAGUUUACCGUCCAAUAUCCCCACUACGCCAACCCGCCAACUCUUUUCGUCAUACUAGAGGCCUUCAUUGACAAACUGGGCGCUAAUAAAAAUACAUCGUCUGAGGAAUCCGAGACCGAUGCAACGGAACUCUUGCGGUCAGUUUAUAUACAACAACCGGAGUUGGGUAAAGCCUACAUUCGCUCAAUCUACCCGCUACUCAAGAAGCACUAUUUCUGGUAUAGAGAUACGCAGAGAGGAGACAUUAAAUCCUAUGAUCGCGAGGCAUUCUCCACCAGAGAAGCAUACCGCUGGCGGGGACGAUCUGUCCAGCAUAUUCUUACCUCUGGGUUGGAUGAUUACCCUCGGCCUCAGCCCCCUCACCCGGGUGAGCUUCAUGUAGAUCUUAUCAGCUGGAUGGGCAUGAUGACUCGUGCUCUCCGUCGUAUUGCAGAGGCACUGGAAGAAAUCGAGGAUGUCGAAGAGUUCAAAGUCUACGAAACAGCCAUUGAACGGAAUAUUGACGAUCUUCAUUGGGAUAGCCAAGAACAAACUUACUGCGAUGCAACCAUUGACGAGUUUGAAGAAAGUGUUCACGUUUGCCACAAGGGGUACAUCUCCAUUUUCCCUUUCUUGACAGGCAUGGUUGGCCCCCGCAGUCCUCGGCUUAAGGCUAUUUUGGACUUGAUCAACGACCCCGAAGAACUAUGGAGCGAUUAUGGUAUCCGCAGCUUAAGCAAGAAGGAUGCACUAUAUGGAACGGAAGAGAAUUACUGGCGAAGUCCUAUCUGGGUCAACAUCAACUAUCUUGUGUUUAAGAACCUUUAUGACAUUGCUACCACGGCUGGACCCCACCAGGAACAAGCCCGUGAGAUGUAUUCCAAUCUGCGAAAGAACGUGGUAGAGAACGUCUUCCGAGAAUGGAAGGCCACAGGAUUCGCCUGGGAGCAAUACAACCCGGAGACAGGCCAAGGACAACGGACGCAGCACUUCACCGGUUGGACCAGUAUGGUGGUGAAGAUGAUGUCCAUGCCUGAUCUUCCUGCAAGUAAAAAGAGUGGUCAUGAUGAACUAUAA